CCGAGUCGUGUGGCCCUUUAAAACAGCCCUGCAGCAGCACCAUACGGCCCUCGUAAAUCCGGUCGGAGCCAACCCCACACUCUCGCGGCAAGGGUCACAUCGCUUCCAGCUCCUGGCAGGCGGUACACGUCACCCACUCGAACAGGGCCCCUGCAGCCCUCCUUGGCACCGAACCACGACAGCAGAGCACUAGAAAGAGGCGCCCGAACGCACCGUCGAACCCUGGCAUCGUCAACAACCCACCACCUCGUCGAAGUCGACUUCUUCGACCACACCACCACCGCCUUCGAUCCCUCGACCCCGACAGCGAGUCGCCGGCGACGACACCCAUGGCGACGAAAGGACGCUCGACACCGCGCAUCGUGUGCUGCGCCAUCCCUAUCGCGCGCGCCUCCGGCAAGGUGCUCGUCAUCACCAGUCGGAAACGUCCGGAUAGAUGGGUUUUGCCCAAGGGAGGAUGGGAAGCGACGGAUAGAGUGCUGGAGGCGGCGGCGUCGAGAGAAGCGUUGGAAGAAGCUGGCGUCCGCGGCACGAUCACCCGAUUCGUGGUCACGAUCCCGUCCGCGUCCUCGACGUACCACUUCUACGAGCUCGACGUGUCCUCGCUCGACGCCGACUGGCUCGAGUCGGGCGAGCGCCGGCGGGAGUGGGUCGACUUUGCCGAGGCCGUCAACCGCGUGUCGUGGAAGGCCGAGCUGGCGCAGGGCCUGAUGCUCUCGUCUCUCGCGCCGAAGCGGUGACCAAGACGACAGCCCCCGCGUCCAGAGGUCAAGAUUAUCCCGACGGAAGCAUCGACGGCCGAGGAUACAUCCAUCGCUCCCAUGGCCCCUAGAGAGGAACGUGCUUUUGCACAUCCACACCCCCUGGUCGCUUGGACGCCGAGCCCCCAGCUAGUCGCAACGUCGCGCCCGAAUGCUUCCCUUUCCCCCCCUUCAUCUCAUUUGCGUAGAUCUUCUUUAUUCCACUCCCCCAUCGAAAUCGUCGCUCGGACCCCGCUUUUUUACAGUACUAUCGCUCAUCUCGCAUAUUCAGCACGCUGCAACCAACC